AUGGCGAAGCCCAUCGUUGUCUUCAUUGUAUCUUGUUUGUUGCUUGCUAUUCAAUUUUCUAAUGCUGAGGAACUACAAAGUCCAGGCGAAGCACCUGCAAUCUAUAAGAAGAUGGGAGGAGAAGGCUCACUUCGACCAGAAGAAUGUCCAGCUGAAUGUCAACGUCGAUGUUCAGAGACAUCUCAUAAGAAACCGUGUUUGUUUUACUGCAACAAAUGUUGUAACACAUGUUUGUGCGUGCCAUCGGGAACAUAUGGACACAAAAAAGAAUGCCCUUGCGACGAUAACUGGGAGACCAAAGAAGGUGAACCUAAAUGUCCAUAA